GUUGCGCGCGCGUCGCGAAGGAGGUUAGACGAGCGAUACGCUCGCGACCUUUUGUAGUAACUGAUAAUGUAAUCAACAUUAUAUACUACUCCAGAUGAUCAAUCAACUAACGCACUACAACAUAAAAUGGAGUAUUACACAUCAGAUAGUUGUGACAGUGACUUCAGGGAGCAGAAAACACUCGAUUUAUCCAAUCAAAUGAUAGAUACAUUAAGUAUCUCUGCUGAAAUGAGAAGUAUAGUGGAUGAAAAAGAUUGUGCUGAAAGCUACGAGAUAAUAUUACUGUACAACAACAGAAUACAAUCACUUCCAAAUUUCCUAAACAGGUUUUGCAACUUGAAAAUUUUGAAUGUGAGCAACAACAGGCUGACUGUUUUACCAGAUGUGUUUAAGAAUUGUCCCCUCACGACUUUGGUAGCAAAACAUAAUCAACUCACUAACGAGUCACUUCCCAAAUCAUUUUAUACUGCAAAGAAUACUCUUCGUGAACUGAACCUCAGUGGAAAUCAGUUAAAUUUAUUCCCAGAGCAGAUAUUCGAAUUGACACAUCUGAAAUAUCUUUACCUAGGCAGUAACAAAAUAGUUAACAUACCAAAGGACAUCUGGAAAUUAAGCGGUUUGCAAAUACUAUCACUUGGUGGUAACCAAAUUACCGAAGUGCCCGAGAACGUAGGUCACUUAACUUCACUACAAGCGUUGGUGCUCAGUGAUAAUUUGAUCGAACAGUUGCCAGCAAGCAUCACAAAGCUGAAGAAUUUAAGAUCUUUAUUAUUGCACAAGAAUCGGUUGAAAACUUUGCCCACACAAAUUAUUAAACUAAAAUGCUUGACAGAGCUCAGUCUUCGGGACAAUCCCCUUGUAGUAAGAUUCGUUAGAGACAUGACUCUGCAGCCACCAUCACUCUUAGAGCUGGCUGGUCGCACUGUGAAACUUCACAACAUUCCAAUUGAAACUGGAGGUAUUCCUAAGACAUUGAUCAAUUAUCUGCAAGCAGCCCAAUGUUGUGUCAAUCCAAAAUGCAAAGGUGUCUUCUUUGACAACCGCGUAGAACACAUCAAAUUUGUAGAUUUUUGUGGAAAGUACAGGAUUCCAUUACUACAAUAUCUAUGCAGUUCAAAAUGUAUUACUGGAAGUUGGGAAAGCCGUGAGGUAGACAGUAAUCCUCACCCACAUAUGAUGCGAAAGGUUCUUCUGGGUUAAUUAUGCCAUAAUGACAUUAUUA